CGAGCAUGCCUGGCUUGCUGUGAGCUUGGAGGAAGAGAUUGGGAGGGAAUAGAAUUGAGGAUCCAACAAGGUGGGACUACAAACAGACAGAUCAAAACCAGGUUCCUGAAACAAGCAAUCAGACAGACCAGGAUGGCCGAUGCAGUGGGCAGCGUAGCGAAGAUUGUCGAAGUCGCUCUCAAGAUCAAGGAGGCGGCCACCACGGCUCGCCAGAAUAAGAAGGAUUGUCAUCACAUUAAGAGCCGCGUUGAUGUACUCAACAAAACACUCUCGCACCACGAGAAUAACGAGGACUUGAUGGAGGACCCUGCGGUGAUGGCUGCGCUUGAGGCGCUCCAUGGGAUACUCGCUGAGGCACUUGAGGUCGUCACGGAGUGCCAGGAGAAGAGGAACAUCAUCUGCCUCUAUUGCACCGCUGGGAAUUUCUCCAGGCAGUUAGGCAAGGUGGAGCAGAGGAUAUCGUACCUAAGCUCGGACGCAAUGUUGACCAUUAUGAGCUACCAACUACUCAGGAAAUUUCAAGAAGCUGCUCCACAUCCGCCCCCACAGAUUUACUCCCCUGGUACACACAGUCCAUUGCAACCACCAGGUCGGGUACGAAAGAGGUCGAAACGAAAUCAGGAUGAAGCCAACAAGAAAGAUGAGACGACUCAGACAUCACGGAAGUCAAAACAAAAUCAAGAUGAAGCCAGCGAGAAAGAACAGACUCGGACUCAGGUAUCGCAGGCUCCCGCGUUUGGAGAAUGGGACGCUCCGAACUCGGCAGAGAGCUACACCAUAAUAUUCGAGAGGAUUAGGGCCGAGAGUAACCACACAUCGACGAUGGCUGUUUGUAGCGGUGCUCUGAUGGCUGAUCAACCGCGCAGCCUGGUAGACAGAAUUGCUGAAGUUGCCGGCAACAUCAAAGAAGCGGCGGGGGCGGUUUUCAAGAACAAUGACGAGUGCCUUGAGAUUGGCCAGCUUGUGAACAAAGUAAGCACCCUCCUGUCGCAGCUCGAGGGUAAAAAGAUGGCGGACGAGCCGGCGAUGAGAGGCGCCCUGGAGAAGCUCCUCGCUACCUUCCGCCGCGCCCACACGCUCGUCAUUGCCUGCCAAAGAAAGGGACUCGGCAUCGUGUGGCUCUCCAUCCUACCUAGUCGACUGUCCACACAGCUACACGAGGUGCUGGAUCAGAUUGUGUCUAACAUCGCUGACAUGACUGCCAUCGUCCUCGCCUAAGGUAUUUACUA